AUGAUGAGGCAGAAAGCAGAGGUGGAGGCAGCCAUGAUGAGGCAGAAAGCAGAGGUGGAGGCAAACCUUUAUGUUUUGAAGCUGGAAAGUAAAGCUGUGGCCGCAUCUAAAGAGGCAGCCAUAUUUGAAGCAGCUGCAGCAGAUUUGGAAGAAGGACAUCUUGGCAAAGUGGAGACAGCAGGAAGAAAAGCAUGCAACAUUAUAGUGGAGUCACUUGAUGGGAAAACUAAAGCAGCACUCCCUCCUCUGUUGGAAUGUAACAACUUGCCUGACGACAGGUCAGAGAUUCCCACUCCGGAGAUCACACAGUAUUUUCCACACCUCAGGCAAGUGACUGACAAGAUUCCUCCCCUCGACACCAAUGCUCCUAUUCUCCUUCUGCUCGGAAGAGACAUUCUGCGUCUACAUAAGGUGCGUGAACAGUGUAACGGGCCUCACAACUCCCCCUACGCCCAGCGCCUUGACCUUGGCUGGGUCAUAGUUGGAGAAAUAUGCCUGGAUGGGACUCACAAUUCAAACAAUGUCAACGUCUACAAGACCCAUGUCCUUCAAAAUGGACGCCCAUCCUUUCUUAAGCCGUGCACGAACAGCAUUCAGGUGAAGGAAAGGUUAAAUGGUCCAGCCAAGCAUCAUCUUCCAGCCCCAUCUCACAGCCUGGAAAACGUCCUUAAUGGAAGUUUAGAUUGUAUAGGAGAAAGUGUGUUUCGAAAAACACCUGAUGACGACAAACCAGCCCUGUCUGUGGAUGACAAGGUCUUUCUCCGAAUCAUGGAAAACGAGGUGUAUAUGGAUGAUGAAAACCACUGGGUGGCACCACUGCCCUUUCGCUUCCCCCGCAAGCCCCUUCCUAAUAACAGGGAACAUGCCUUGCAGCGUCUUUCCUCUCUCCAGCGCUCAUUCAGAAGGAGACCAGACAUGAAAGAGCAUUUAUUUGACUUCAUGCAGAAGGUCAUUGACAACCACCAAGCCGAGCCAGCUCCACAACUGCAGCAUGGACAAGAGUGCUGGUAUUUGCCUACAUUCGGUAUUUACCACCCGCAAAAACCAGGGAAAAUAAGAGUGGUUUUUGAUUCCAGCUCUCAGUACAAAGGAGUGUCAUUGAACGACGUUCUCCUCAGUGGACCCAACCUCAACAACACUCUAAUUGGGGUCCUACUGAGAUUCAGAAGGGAGCAAAUAGCUGUCACAGCUGACGUAGAACAGAUGUUCUAUUGUUUCAAGGUCACACAGGACCAUCGCAACUUCCUGCGGUUUGUGUGGCACAGAGACAACGACCCAGAUAACGAGAUUGUUGACUACUGGAUGACAGUGCACGUGUUUGGGAACAGUCCAUCACCAGCAGUAGCAACAUACGGGCUGAGAAAGGCUGCAGAGCAAGGGGAAACUGAACAUGGCACAGACUCAAAGGAGUUUGUAUUCAGGAACUUUUAUGUCGAUGAUGGACUAAUUUCAGUGUCAAAAGAAGAUGAAGCCAUUGAUCUGCUACAGCGAACCAAGAGCCUACUGGCUGAGUCCAAUUUGAGGCUUCGCAAAAUAGCUUCAAACAGUGCCAGGGUCAUGGAGGCCUUUCCUCUUGAAGAACGAACAAGCGACUUUAAAGAUCUGGAUUUGGGAGCCGACCCUUUGCCUCUCCAACGGAGUCUGGGCAUAAGCUGGGAACUCAAUAAUGACAGUUUCACCUUUAAAGUUUCACAGGACAUUAAACCGUUCACUCGUCGAGGCAUACUGUCCACUGUGAACAGUCUCUUUGAUCCCCUGGGCAAGGCUUUGGUAAGAGAACUUUCUUCAGAGCAGUACGAGUGGGACGUCCCACUCCCACCAGAGAAGGAAGCUCAGUGGAAAGCUUGGACUGACUCCUUAACUGAGCUGGAACAGAUUCAAGUACCAAGACCAUAUACCCCGGUCUCAAUGUCAUCUUGCAAACGAACAGAACUUUGUGUUUUCUCAGACGCUUCUACAAGGGCAAUUGCUGCCGUAGCAUACCUACGUGUUCUUGACUCUGAUGGGAAAUGGCAUGUAGGCUUUGUGAUGAGCAAAUCAAAGCUAGCACCUUACCCAUUGCACACCAUACCUCGCCUGGAGCUGUGUGGGGCAGUGUUGGCGGUUGAACUGGCAGAACUAAUCAAGUCUGAGAUUGACUUGGAGUUGAAGGCAGUCAGGUUCUUCACGGACAGUCGCGUUGUUCUUGGCUACAUCUACAACAAUUCAAGGCGGUUCUACACCUACGUAGCUAACAGAGUAGCUCGCAUAAGGAACAGUACUAACCCAGAACAGUGGCUCUAUGUGAAAACUGAAGUGAACCCUGCUGACCACGGAACAAGGCCAAUACCAGCAGCUUGUCUGAUGUCAUCCAGUUGGUUCUUUGGCCCUCAAUUUCUCCGUCAGACAGAUACAGAGCAAGAAAAUAAGACUGAAUCAUUUGAACUUGUGCAACCAGAGACUGAUAAAGAAAUGUAUCCUCAAGUUAUCUCUCUUGCAACCAAGGUCACAGAGCAGAGUCUCGAAUCACAACGGUUCAAACAUUUCUCUACUUGGAAGGCUCUAGUAAGAGGUAUGGCAACACUCAUUCAUGUAGCCAAGUCCUAUUCCAGCAAGUCUCACACUGUAGAGUGCAAUGGAUGGCAUCACUGCAAACAGUCACACACCUCAGAGCUCUCUCAGGCCAAAACAAUCAUCUUGAAGGCAGUGCAGCAGGAUGUUUACAAGAACGAGGUGGACUGCGCAACUCAGGGCAUUAAUGUUCAUAGCCACAGCUCUCUUGUGAAACUGGACCCAUUUCUUGACAAGGAUGGAUUGCUGAGAGUUGGGGGUCGCAUCCAUAAAGCCCAAUUGGAAGACCAAGAGAAACAUCCACUCAUCCUGCCAGCCAGUCAUCAUGUUGCCACUCUCUUAGUCCGACACUAUCAUGAUCAAGCAGCUCACCAAGGUCGCCAUUUAACAGAGGGCGCACUGCGCACUGCCGGUGUCUGGAUAGUAGGAGGGAAGAGGCUCAUUUCGAGUAUAAUAUUCAAAUGUGUCAUCUGCAGGAAGUUGAGAGGCAAGUUUGAGGUUCAGAAAAUGUCCGAUCUGCCUGCUGACAGACUGUCCAUGGAUCCACCUUUUACACAUGUAGGGCUUGAUGUCUUUGGUCCAUGGAGUGUGAUAACUCGUCGCACAAGAGGUGGUGCUGCUGAGAGUAAAAGAUGGGCAGUCAUUUUCACAUGUCUCAGUAUGAGAGCUGUUCACUUGGAGGUUAUUGAAACCAUGUCCACCUCAAGUUUCAUUAAUGCCUUGAGGCGCUUCCUGUCGAUUCGUGGACCUGUCAAACACCUCAGGUCAGACAGAGGCACAAACUUUAUUGGAGCAUGCAGAGAGCUUCAGAUAAACACGGACGAUCCUGAGAUCAAGGACUAUCUGCAAGACCAUGGUUGUACAUGGAUAUUUAACGCACCUCAUUCCUCACAUAUGGGUGGAGCUUGGGAGAGGAUGAUUGGUGUGGCUCGACGGGUCCUUGAUGCACUGCUGUUGAAGAAUAAGGAUAAACUGACCCAUGAAGUCCUGGCCACUUUGAUGGCUGAAGUUAUGGCCAUCAUGAACGCCAGGCCUCUGGUUCCCAUCUCUUAUGAUACAGACAACCUUCCUGAGAUACUCUCACCUGCUACUCUUCUAACCCAGAAGGCGAGUGUGACACCCACACCCCCGGGGGACUUUGAACUGGAUCACCUAUGUAAGGUACAGUGGCGCCAGGUCCAGAGCUUGGCGAACUCCUUCUGGAAACGGUGGAAGCAGGAGUAUCUGGCAACUCCUCAGCCUCGGAGGAAGUGGACCGAGGAGCAGCCUAAUCUCCAGGACGGUGACGUUGUUUUGUUAAAGGACGUUCAAGCACAACGUAAUGACUGGCCUCUUGGUCUGAUAGUAAAGGCCAUUCCAAGUUCGGACUGCAAGGUGCGAAAGGUCAUGGUGAAGACCUUAGGUCAAGGGACAGCUAAAAGGUACCUUAGGCCCAUCAGCGAUGUGGUGUUACUGAUACCAAGGGUAAAAAGAUGUAAAUAGUGGUAAAAAGAUUUACCAAGCGGGGAGUGUUCUGACACCAUAGUGUAU